AUGGACCCUUCUCCCUCAAUUGCAAUUAUUGGCGCCGGACCAAGCGGUCUAGUCUUCGCACGACUCCUCGAAAUAAACGGCAUAACUGACUAUGUCGUCUUCGAACGUGACGAGUCCUCGACACCAGUUCCAGGUCAACAAGGUGGCACACUCGAUCUACAUUCCACCUCAGGCCAACUAGCCCUCAAACGGGCAGGCUUGUUCGACAAGUUCAGCAAAGAUCUUGCACGUUGGGAUGCAGCCUGCUUCCGUAUACUCAACUCAACUGGAGAUACAGUUGUCAACUUCACUGAGAUUGGGGACCGUCCUGAGAUCGAUCGUUUGCAGCUGCGUCAGUUGUUGCUUGACUCCAUUCCCGCCGAGAAAAUUCGAUGGGGGCAUGGUGUGAGCUCCAUCGAGAGAAAGGCAAACGGGGACACCGCCGGUAAUGCCGAAAUUUGUAUCAUUCACUUUAGGAAUGGGACUUCGUCCACUGGGUUCCGGCUUAUUGUUGGCGCUGAUGGUACUUGGAGCAAAGUUCGUCCUUUACUCACUUCCGCAAAGCCAGUAUACUCCGGAAAGAUGUAUAUUGAUUCUGCACUCUCCCACGACAACCCUAGCUACCCUCUGGCAACCGAACUCGUUGGCAAAGGAAACACGCUGGCACUAGGCGAGGAAAAGAUGAUCGCGGUACAGCAGCUUGGCGAUGCUAGCUAUCGAGUUUAUUUCGGACUUGUUGUGCCAGAAGACUUCUAUCCAAGGUCUUACUGCGCCGACUCCGACGCUAAUGCGAGGACUGAGUCUAUGCGGUCUCGCCUGCUUUCUUCCAACGAGCUGUUCGCAAACUACGCACCUCACCUCAAAGGCUUCAUUGAAAAUUCGGAAGGGCCCUUCCGUCCUUGGCCCCUCUACUACAUGGAGCCGGAGCAAGUCGGUUGGGAGCGAAAUGCUGGUGGCGGUGUAACAUUGCUUGGUGAUGCUGCGCAUGUAUCCACGCCUUUUGCCGGUGAAGGUGUCAAUUGUAGUAUGCUUGAUGCUGUCAUGUUAUUGGAUAGUAUCGUCGAGUAUUGUGGAAAGAGUGUAAGCCUCGCUCAUGUUGAGAGGUCAUCGUUGGAAACGGCCUUGGCUGCUUAUGAGAAGGACAUGUUUGUUCGUGGACAGAACCUUAUUCGAGAGAGUUCCGAGAAUGGCGAGAAGCUCUUUUCCAAGGAUGCCACGACGCGGUUAUUUGAAAUCUUUGGAGGAGACGACGGAAAGAAUGCUACUGGGGCUGCAGAUUAUCAGCAGAAGUGA